UUCUUGGAUUCAGAGUUGGUACAGAAAAACAGUAAAGUAGUGAUGGAGGCCAGCAGGGAAAUGCGGGAGGAUGUCACAAUUCAAACUGGUGAGACUGUGCUAAAAUAUGAUGAAUUUUUUGAGGACAAAAUUGAAAGCAAAAAAAGGGAUCACAGCUACAGAAUUUUUAAGACCGUCAACCGAAAUGCAGUUUCUUUCCCAAUGGCGGACAUCUACUCAGAUCCCUGUGAUGUGAAAAGAGAUGUAUCAGUAUGGUGCAGCAAUGACUAUCUCGGCAUGAGUCGUCACCCCAAAGUCACCAAUGCUAUCCUGGAUACUUUGAAAAAACAUGGUGCUGGUUCUGGAGGCACAAGAAACAUUUCAGGGACCAGUAAAAUCCACAUGGAUCUGGAAUAUGAGCUUGCUGACUUGCACAGCAAAGAUGCCGCACUGCUCUUCACUUCCUGUUUUGUAGCUAAUGACUCCACAUUGUUCACUUUGGCCAAAGUUUUACCAGGUUGUGAAAUUUACUCUGACGCAGGCAACCAUGCCUCAAUGAUUCAAGGUGUACGAAACAGCUGUGUCAGGAAGUUUGUUUUCCGUCAUAAUGAUGUCAGUCACCUGCAAGAGCUGUUAGAGAGGUCUGACCCCUCCAAACCAAAGAUUGUGGGCUUUGAGACUGUGCAUUCAGUGGAUGGGGCAGUUUGUCCACUGGAGCAAAUGUGUGAUGUUGCCCACAAAUUUGGGGCCAUCACCUUUGUGGAUGAGGUGCACGCAGUCGGCCUAUAUGGGGCCAGAGGAGGAGGGAUCGGAGAUAGAGACAGAGUCAUGCACAAGAUGGACAUAAUCUCUGGUACUCUUGGCAAGGCAUUUGGCUGCAUGGGUGGAUAUAUUGCCAGCACCAAUUCUUUGGUGGACACAGUGCGUAGCUUCUCUGCAGGCUUCAUUUUCACUACUUCACUGCCUCCCAUGCUACUGGCUGGGGCCACAAAGUCCAUCAAGAUUCUUAAAAGUGAGGAGGGCCAGAUACUCAGAAGGAAACACCAGAUAAGCGUCAAGCUGCUGCGACAAUUACUGAUGGACUCUGGCCUUCCUGUGGUCCACUGCCCAAGCCACAUCAUUCCCGUGCAGGUGGCAGAUGCAGAAAAGAAUACAGAGAUUUGUGACAUCAUGAUGUCCCGUUAUAACAUCUAUGUUCAGGCAAUCAACUGGCCCACAGUGGCUAAAGGGGAGGAACUUCUCCGCAUUGCCCCCACGCCACACCACACGCCCGAAAUGAUGCGCUACUUUGUUGACUGUCUAGUAAAAACUUGGAAAGAAGUGGGCUUGGAGUUGCAGCCACACUUGUCAGCCGAGUGUAACUUUUGUCAGCAGCCUCUUCACUUCGAUGUGAUGAGUGAGCGGGAGAAAUCCUACUUCAAUGGCCUCAGUCAUUAG